AUGCCCUCCCUAGCAAGCACGCCCUGGCUCCAGGUCGUCUGUGGACUGGCCGCCAUCCUCUUCUGGGCCAUCGGUCUGGGCAUCAUCCUCCGUUCUCCAGAUGACGAGGAGGAAGAGCAAGCGGUGCAAGCAGUCCCGCUAAAAGCAAAUGCGCUGGAUGAUGAACCUCCUCUUGAGGCACUUAAGGUACUGCCGUCGACCGACUCGCCUAACGCGGGAGAUGUGCUUCCUCGAAAAGGGAGAGAGUACGAUGACGACGAGUGA